UUGUAACUCGCUCAGCUGUUUGUGAGCUACAGGCAGAGCCAGUCAGAAUGGGACUGACGGCAGGGGAUCAGCAGCUGAGCGAGGAUUAGAGGAAAGAGGGAGAGGUGCACUUCCCUUUACAGUCACGGGGUACAGGGGUGAAGGUGAUUCCGAAACGGCACUGGGUGCAGGGAAAACUGAUGGGAUUGGCUGUUCCGCUAACAGAUGUGGCACCUGCUGGAGGAGCGCAGUAGGGGAAGGGUUAAUGACAAAUAAAGACUAUAAGAAGGAGGCCAUUUUCAGCACCGGGGGCAAUAUUAGCUGCUUAUUCCCAAGCGAGGAGGAUUAACCUGCGAGUCUCAUAAUUAGGAUGGCGUGCUUCUUGCGCUGGUUGCUGCUCCUCUCAUUGGCCAGUGCUGCCCUGAGUCUGCCUCUCUGGACAAAGCGCAGUGGUCUCAUAGAAAUGGAGGACAGCAUCCGGCUUGGGGGCAAUAUUAUUCUGACCCCCAGUGAGGCGACGGCUAAUUGGAAGCUAAUGACAGUGAAGGAAGCUGAGAUCAAGGAGGCUGAAAGGACUGGCUUAUUUCCUCCCAGCAUGCACUUCUUUAAGGCCCGCCCACUCAUCCAGCAGAGCAAAAUUUUUAGUAUUGUGCGUCAGAUGCCGAAGGGGGCUGCUUUGCAUUUACAUGACUUUGCCAUUCUCAGUGUGGAUUGGCUGGUGAAGAAUGCCACCUACAUGCAGGACUGCUACAUUUGCUUUACCAGGGAUGGGGGAGUCAGGUUCUUGUUCUCCAAGCCUGCCCCUGUGGGAAUGCUGCCCCCUGGCUGCUCGGAGUGGGUCCUGCUGGAGACUUACAGGAAGAAGCUGGGAGAUGUGACCGAGUUUGACAAAGGCCUAAUACGGAACCUGACGCUGCUGGCCGAGUCGCCCGAGCCGCACAUCCCGUCACAGGAUGAGAUCUGGAGAAGGUUCGAGGGGGCUUUCAUCACCGCUUCGGGGCUCAUCUGCUAUGCCCCUGUCUUUAAGGAGUAUUUCUAUGAGAGUCUGAAGGAACUGUAUGAAGAUAAUAUCCAGUACAUAGAAAUGAGAGCCAUGCUCCCCCCGGUGUACGAGCUUGAUGGAACUGUCCACGACCCGUUCUGGUCCAUGGCUUUAUACAGGGAUGUGACCAAUCAGUUUAUUGGAGCCCACCCAGACUUCUUGGGUGCUAAAAUUAUCUACACCGUGCACAGGCAUGAAGAUCUAGCCCGAGUUACGCAGGCCGUGCACCUCGCAAUGGAGCUGAUGAAAGAAUUCCCCGAAAUCAUGGCUGGAUUUGAUUUGGUUGGCCAAGAGGAUGCUGGUAAUUCCCUAUAUCAGCUGAGUGAUGCCCUCAACAUCCCCAGCAAGUUGGGAGUCAAGCUGCCAUACUUCUUUCACGCAGGAGAGACCAAUUGGCAGGGAAAGGACGUGGAUGAGAAUGUUCUGGAUGCGCUGCUGCUGAACACCACCAGGAUAGGCCAUGGCUACGCCCUCCUCAAGCACCCGGUGGCCCGGAACUUGUCUCUUAAAAUGGAAGUCCCCCUGGAGAUCUGCCCUAUCUCCAACCAGGUUCUCCUGCUGGUGUCCGACCUCCGCAAUCACCCUGCCGCAGUGCUUAUGGCUGAAGGGCACCCCCUGGUGGUCAGUUCUGAUGACCCAUCCAUUUUCGGUGCCCAGGGACUUUCCUAUGACAUUUAUGAAGUUGUUAUGGGAAUUGGAGGUGCCAAGGCAGAUCUGAGGACCCUCAAAAAGCUUGCUGAGAAUUCUAUCAAGUACAGUGCUUUGUCAAAGGAGGGAAAAGCAAAACUUACAGAAAUAUGGCAGAGGAAAUGGGACAAGUUCAUCGAAGAUCUUGCCAUGAACUCAAAGACUUCAGAGAGGGAGCUGUAGGGUGCUGUGAGUGCUUUUGCUUCAGAAGGAAGGGGCAUUUAAUCAGCAAUAGGUAAAGGGGACCAGGAGUCUACACAGACCAUUCACAACUACACUAAGCCCAACUAAACGUUUCACCACUAAAACAGCAACCCGGCCUGACUUUGACUUCCCACUUACCUGGAUGAGGGAAAGUCUUGAUAGACAAGGAGUCAUGUGUUUCAUAAUUUCCUGGUGUCUUGUCCAACGCCAAGGAUCAAUGUUGAUUUAUUACACAUCAGGUAGUGUAUGAAUAAAUAUUUACUGGCAUCACAUUGUGCCAACAUAGGAUUCUGCUGUAAGAGUAGUACAGGGCCAAUUCCAUGUAUAAUACCCCAGAACACACAGCAGGAUAAAUACAGCGCCAAUUCCAUGUAUAAUACCC